ACACAUUGCUAGCCCCAAACGUCAGAGCUUGCAUCGACGCGUCACCUUCUCCCGCAGAGAAUGCACGUUUUGUGAAAACGAGAAAAAACGCUCGUGGAAUAAUGUCCGGUCUUGCGACAUGGUCUAGUCAGCUAUGCAUCCUCCUCCACAGACUUAUAAAAGAGCGCCGCCACGAAUCUUUUGAUGCACUUCGCAUUUUCCAAGUCCUCGCAGCUUCACUGCUUUGUAGUCUCAUGUGGUGGCACUCAGAUUAUCGAGACGUGCACGACCGACUAGGACUACUCUUCUUCGUAUCUAUUUUCUGGGGGGUACUUCCGUCAUUUAACGCUGUCUUCACUUUUCCGCAAGAACGAGCGAUUUUCACUCGAGAACGGGCGUCUGGUAUGUACACACUCUCGUCUUACUUCAUGGCUCACGUCAUCGGAUCGCUCACCAUGGAACUCGUUCUCCCGGCAGCGUUCUUGACGCUAACUUACUGGAUGGUCGGUCUACGUCCAGGACUAAUUCCUUUCCUCCUCACCCUUUCCGUGCUAUUGCUAUACGUCUUAGCCUCACAGGGACUCGGACUUGCCUUAGGCGCAGCUAUCAUGGACGCUAAAAAAGCCUCCACGAUCGUGACAGUGACAAUGCUAGCGUUUGUUUUAACCGGCGGUUACUAUGUUAACAAAGUGCCAUCAGGCAUGGUGUGGAUGAAAUACGUUUCCACGACGUUUUAUUGUUACCGUCUAUUAAUAGCGGUUCAGUACGGAAAUGGCGAUGAGAUAUUGGCGAUGGUUGGAUGCAAGCCAAAGGGAACGCAAGGAGCGGCAAAGACGGCUGGGUGUCGGUUUAUGGAGGAGGAAGUGAUCGGAGACAUUGGAUUGUGGACGAGCGUUAGCGCUUUGUUCUUCAUGUUUGUUGGUUAUAGAGUAUUGGCGUAUUUGGCCUUGAGGCGUAUUAAACUAUAAAUGAGAGGUGAGAGGGAAAAUUAUUUGAAUAAAUAAUGAGUGGGUAUAAAUUAAUUUCUAGGCUUUAUAAUUUCUAGUUAACUCAGUUUGUUCGAUUUUUCUUUUGAACAUGUGAAAACAAAAAUGACUAGUUCUUUUAGUUGAUUUAUAAUAAAUGUAUAUUUCAUCUA